AUGGGAGCUUUUCACAGAGACGCUUUGCAUCUUUCUGCAUUCUGCCUGAUGCGGCAGGACGCAGUCGAUUUGGAGGCGGACAACUUCGAUGACAUCGAUGAUGAGAAACUUAUGGCACAGCUGCAACAGGGCCUCAUGAAGGCUGUGCACAGUUGA